AACGUAACAAGGGAGGGUCGAGGACUAUAACACUCUCCGCAUGUAGCGCACUGGGGGCUGUUUUCUGUCUACAAUGAUUUACAGUGUCACCUCGGAUUUCAGCCAUCUCUCCAUCACAAUCCUACAGCCUCAGACAGUGUACGCCAUACAAAAUGGAGUGGAUUAGCCAAGACAAGCAGAUGCUUCCCGCAGAUCUAGAAGAGUUUCACUUCAAGUCGGGCUCGCCAUGUCUGAUACAGACAAUUUUGUUACAACAGAGCUCUGUAAGUUUAGAAAACAACCUCCGCCUUUUUACGAUUCAUCUACUAACGAUAGUCAACUUUCAGGACGAAGUACAAGAUCCUGAGGUGAAAGAGCAUACCUCGGAACAAAAAUACUUAAAAUGGCUUGAAGAGCUACCAUCAUGCCUGGACAAACCAUCCGUAGUGCUUGUGAUGCACCAGAGACUCGAGGCAAGCAACACAAGAGCUACCUCUCUCCCGUAUGGAAGGGAGACUUUCAGCGAAGCUUGCGAACGGUUAUACCAACAUAGGUCCGUCGCUCAUGCAAUCCGUAGGAAGUCUACGGCGGUCUUUACCAAUCGUGUAGUGGCUCCAUGGGAUUCGAAGCCAGAAUGGGGGCCAGCUGUUGUAUACAACUGCAAAUCAGAUACAGAGUCACUCGCUCCAGGUGACGACAUCGUCCUAUCCCUAACACAUUUCCCUCAGAAGAAAAUGACAUUUGCUGUCUUCUACGGCUGCACAGAAGAAGCCCGGGGGUAUAUUACCAGUUGGCUCGAAUACGCCGAAGGCUCUGCCUUUGACCCCCUCUUUCUCCCAAUGAUAUACGCGGAUCGUGAGCGACGCCGGAUAGUCAGCAAACUAGAUACCAAAGGCGGGAACCUCCGGAAGCGAAUCAUCGAGAUGGAAACUAGGCUUGGACAAGACGGUUCUAGAGAGUCAGAACAGUCAAGCAACUCAGAGAAGGAGUCGUCCAACCGGAACAUCACACAACGCGAAUGCGAUGCUGUGAAUCUAUGGGUCGACGUCAGCUCACUGGAAAAUGGACUGGAGAGCCUGAAGACGGAACUUAACUCGAUGCUUGCGACUUCCAAAAAGCCCCUGGAGAAUGAGAUUCUAGGCUAUGAUCUCUUGGGACCUGACUCUUACCACCCAGAUAACAUAAGCCACAGACAUUCCCAUGAUAGCAUUCAAGCGAGACUUCAUGACAUGAUUGUCGAAAUUAGCAGUAUAGUCAGGCGCACCAGCAGUCUUCUUGUUGCAAUGUCGCUGGCAACUCAAACAGAAUCAAACUACCUCACGCGAAAGGACGCGUGGGCCACGAUCUCGAUCGCGGUUGAGUCCAAGAAAGACAGUAGCCAUAUGCGCUACAUCUCGUUUCUUGGGAUGAUAUUUCUGCCGGGGACAUUCUUCGCAACCUUGUUCUCAAUGGGGUUCUUCAACUGGAUCCCAGACGAAAGCAGUCAGGUAGUCUCUCCAUAUAUAGCUAUAUGGAUGGGCAUCACGCUCCUCAGUACGGUGGUGACGGUGUGGCGUUUCAAAGAGUUUGCUAAGAAAUACAGCUUUGACGCUACGCAGGUCUACGCACAGUUCGACAAUGAGCCCGGUCCGAUAAAGUUCAAACAGAACGGCUCAGAUAUGGUCUAACAGCUUGUGAGAAGGGAGUACGUAUUAAUCGGGAGAAUGUGAUUCAUCAUGACUUUCAUCUUACGUCUGUUUGAUGCCGAGGUUGCGGCUUCAUUCACUCUUCCAUCGCUUUUAGUACUAACGACGACAUGAUAAGCAAAAGAUGCAGAGACUUGUCUCUGAAGAUAGCAUACCU